AUGGGAGCACUCGAGUUCAUCUGCAAUCGAAGGUUCCACCGCAAUUUCGUACUUCCCGCCAACCCUGAGACAAACGGAAGCAAGCCUUACCAUGUUUCUUACUCCGAUUUUGGCGACUCCGACAGCAAAGCAGUCGUCUUAUUCUGUGGAGCUCUGUUCGGCCAACGCUUAUGCUAUGCACCCUUGGACCAACUAGCAAAGGCCCAUCAUGUCAGGAUCAUCCACCCGGACCGACCUGGCGUCGGGGGCAGUGAAGCUGUGGAGCCUGAAAAGCGAGUACAGACCUGGCUUGAAAUGGUCCCCCAACUUCUGGCGCACCUGAACAUCUCGCAUGUUUCGAUUGCAAGUCAUAGUGGAGGCGACAUCUACCUCAUGAAUUUCAUUCUCGCCUACCCACAUCUGCUGAAUCCUAACCAUUCAUAUGUCGCUUUCUUCGCCCCAUGGGUCCAUUACUCGCACUCGAGAAUGUCGCAUCUACAGGCUACAGAGCUACUUCCGGCUUCGUUGAUAGGAAAGUUCGGCUCGCUCGGUAAAUUCGUCAACCAAAACAUCGUUCCAAUGGUCGGCUUGAGUGGCGCCUUUCUUCAGGGUAUAUCAUCUCCACUGUCGCGUUCCAACCCUACAACAGCUCCUGUUGCCCUUACAGUGUCCGGAACCACUGGCUCAGAAGGGUCUGCAGAUAGCCUGAGCGAUGAUUUCUCAGAUCUUGCACUUGACGAUCCUCGGGCUGUGGAUGACUUGCGAAAUACUAUUACCAAGUUCGUCUUCGCCGAAUCUGUGGACGGUGUCUCGGCAGAUGCACAGCUAUUCUUGAAGCGCUCUGUUUCGUGGAGCACGCCUCUUGUCGAAUGGAAGGAUUUCGAUGACGCUGUGCAGCUUCUUUCGAGACUCAUCAGCGAAGACGAUCGACUGACAGGCAGCAACAGGGUCUGGGCCAUCGACUGCUUUCAUGGUGAGCACGACCAACUGGUUGGUGACAAAGGGAGAGAUUGGUUCAAUGCCAUCUGGGCACCAAGUCAGAGCUAUGAGUAUCGCAGUGUAAUUACCAAAGGCACUGAGCACAACUUCUUGAUGGAUCCAGCAUUCGGCGCGAGCGAACAAUGGCUGCAACGGGUUAGCAAGUCAUGGCAAACUUCACAGCCUGAUAUAGCAGCUCCCUAA